CCCUCCGGCCGCCCCCCGCGCCCCCCGGGCCAGGUGAGGCUGCGGUGCCGUCCCUCUCGGAUGUAGGCAGGCGAGACCCCGGAUGGAUUUCGGGAGCGUCAUGAACCAGGCUGUGACCCCCUGCUCCCCCACUGUCAACUAUGAGCUGACAUCCCUGGGGGAGAGCAUCACCAAGCAGGUAGAAGUCCUGGGGCUGGCGGCAGAGACACAGCGCGGCUGCGGUCGGGAAGAGGGGAGCAGGGCAGAGCCCGGGGAGCGGGGCAGAGCUCGAGGGCUCCUGCCAGGGCUGGGGAGACACUGGAGGGCCCUGGCUGUGGGCACCCGCUCCCCCGGGUCUGGAGGGUGCCGGGAGUGGACCCGCCAUGGCGUGGAAGUGGAUUAGCAAGGGGCUCACUGCUAUCCAGGAUGCCACAAAAUCCCCCAGGAGUGGGCAGUCACGCUGCAAAACAUCCAGGAGCAUGAGCCUGACUGCAGCCAUGGAGAGCAGCUGUGAGCUGGACCUGGUGUACAUCACGGAGCGGAUCAUCGCUGUCUCCUACCCCAGCGUGGCCGAGGAGCAGAGUUACUCCAGCAACCUCCGUGAAGUGGCCCACAUGCUCAAGUCCAAGCACGGGAACAACUAUGUGCUUUUCAACCUCUCUGAGCGGAGACGUGAUGUCAACAAACUUCACCCCAAGGUGCUGGAUUUUGGAUGGCCUGACAUGCACACCCCUGCGCUGGAGAAGAUCUGCAGCAUCUGCAAAGCCAUGGACACAUGGCUCAACGCAGCGGCACACAACGUGGUGGUGCUGCACAACAAGGGGAACCGUGGCCGGCUGGGGGUGGUAGUGGCUGCCUACAUGCACUACAGCAACAUCUCUGCCAGUGCUGACCAGGCUCUGGACAGGUUUGCCAUGAAGCGCUUCUAUGAGGACAAGGUGGUUCCAGUGGGACAGCCAUCCCAGAAGAGGUACAUCCAUUACUUCAGUGGGCUCCUCUCUGGCAGCAUCAAGAUGAACAACAAGCCCCUCUUCCUCCACCACGUCAUCAUGCACGGCAUCCCCAACUUUGAGUCAAAAGGCGGUUGUCGGCCCUUCCUGAAAAUCUACCAGGCCAUGCAGCCCGUCUACACCUCGGGGAUCUACAAUGUGCAAGGAGACAGCCAGACGGGCAUCUGCAUCACCAUUGAGCCUGGCUUGCUGCUCAAGGGCGAUAUCUUGCUGAAGUGCUACCACAAGAAGUUUCGCAGCCCUACCCGUGACGUGAUUUUCCGUGUGCAGUUCCACACGUGUGCUGUGCAUGAUCUUGAUGUCGUCUUUGGCAAGGAGGACCUGGAUGAGGCCUUCAGAGAUGACCGCUUCCCUGAGUAUGGGAAGGUAGAGUUUGUGUUCUCCUAUGGCCCUGAGAAGAUCCAAGGCAUGGAGCACCUGGAGAAUGGGCCCAGUGUUUCUGUGGACUACAACACGUCCGACCCACUCAUCCGGUGGGACUCCUAUGAGAACUUCAACAUCCAGCGUGAGGACAGUGCAGAGGGGGCCUGGGCUGAGCCAUCCCUGCCCAGCAAGCACCUGGAGAAAGAGGUUGGGCACACACAAGGGCCCCUGGAUGGGAGCCUCUACGCUAAAGUGAAGAAGAAAGACUCCCUCCACGGCAGCACCGGUGCCGUCAACGCUGCCCGACUCCCGCUCUCGGCAGCACCCAACCACGUCGAGCACACACUUUCAGUGAGCAGCGACUCGGGCAACUCCACCGCCUCCACCAAGACCGACCGGACCGAUGAGCCGGGGGUGACCGCAGCACCCAGCGGCCAGGCGGUGCUGAGCCCCGAGGAGAAGCAGGAGCUGGAUCGUCUCCUCGUUGGCUUUGGCUUGGAGAGUGCGCCGCCCAUGCACAACCACGUGCCCGGCCCUGUGCCGGCACGCCUGCCCGCCAUGCCGGGCCGCCACGUGGUGCCGGCUCAGGUGCAUGUCAAUGGCAAUGCUGCGGCACUGGUGGCCGAGCGGGAGACGGAUAUCUUGGAUGAUGAGCUGCCCAACCAGGAUGGGCACAGUGUGGGCAGCCUGGGCACGCUCUCCUCCUUGGAUGGCACCACCACUGCCAGUGAGACCGGCUACCAGGAGGCACCCCGGGUGGGCAGCCUGUCCUCCCUGCCCAAUGGCCCCUCGAGCUGCAAUGGGGCUGAGAAGCUGCUGAAGGAGGGGCUGUACGAUGGCGAGCUGCUCUCCAAUGGUGGCUACCCCUACAACAACCAGAACACCCUGAUGGGCCACCACCUCCGUGACACGCUGCCUUCCUUGCGGCCUUCGGCAUCCGCUCAGGAGCACCUGGCAGGCUACCCGCAGCGCCUGCCGGGCUCCCAUGCCCCAGGGUGGCUCCAGCCUCAGCAACUGCCCGGCUCCCAGCCCUACCUGUAUGCCUACGACCACCCCGGAACCUACCGCUCCCGGUCCUUCCCGGCAGUGGACACUGCCAAGUACGACGUGAACCCGGCGCUGCCCCAGGCCCCGGCUCGCAGUACCAGCAGCCGGGAGGCUGUGCAGAGGGGCUUGAAUUCCUGGCAGCAGCAAGGAGGAAGCCGGCCACCUUCCCGGCUGCAGGAGGGUGGCAUGGAGAGCCACAGCCCCAGCAUCUCAAGCUGCAGCCCCCAGCCCAGCCCGCUGCAGACGGUGCCCCCCCACAGCCACAGCAUGCCUGAAUUCCCCCGGGUGCCCUCUCGCCGGGAGAUUGAGCAGUCCAUCGAAGCGCUGGAUGUCCUCAUGCUGGACCUCGCACCUGCCGUCCACAAGUCACAGAGUGUGCCUGCCACCUCCCGUCAGGACAAGCCAGCCGGACCCCUGCCCUCCUCCCUUUCGACCCAGCCCAUUGCUGGUCUCUACGCCCGGCCAACUCCGCAGGUGGCCCAGCCGAGGUCCUUCGGCACGUCCGUGAGCCCCGUGGUCUCUGAGCCCGGGGGCAAAGCCUAUUCUCCUGGAGAGCUGGACUAUGGGGUGCAUGAUUAUCGGGAAACCUAUUCACCCUACAGUUACCAGCUGGCACCGCUGCCAGAGCCCAGGAGCUACAGCCGUGCCCCGGCCGGAGCACAGAUGGGCACUGGCCCACUUGGCAUCUCAUGCUACAGCCCUGUGGGGUCUCAGCAGCAACUCACCUCCUCCCCACCUUCCCCCACCGUCCCAACACAAAACCAGAUGCCCCUGAAGGGACCGGAGAGCUAUGAAGACCUGUCGAGGUCAGCAGAAGAGCCCUUGAAUCUGGAGGGCCUGGUGGCCCACAGGGUGGCAGAGUACAACGCCAAGCUCAGGGAACUCAACAAGAGCACCAAAGUCCCCCGUCCUCCUCUGAACCAGCAACGGUCCUUCUCUGGGGUGCAGUCCCGGGAGAAGCCUCUGGAGGAGAGCGCUGUCCCUGCCCGCAAGCGGACCCCCAGCGACAGCCACUAUGAAAAGAGCUCACCAGAGCCCAGCUCGCCCCGCAGCCCCACCGUCCUCUCACCUGAGGUGGUCAGCACCAUCGCAGCCAACCCUGGAGGGAGGCCCAAAGAGCCUCACCUCCACAGCUACAAGGAAGCCUUCGAGGAGAUGGAGGGUGCCUCCCCCACCAGCCCACCCUCCAGCGGCGUGCGCUCUCCCCCUGGCCUGGCCAAGACCCCGCUCUCAGCACUGGGGCUGAAACCCCACAACCCGGCUGAGAUCCUGCUGCAUCCAGUGGGAGAGCUAGAAGGGGAAGCGGGCGGUGACUCUGAAGAAGAGCCCAGGAGCUAUGUUGAGUCAGUGGCCCGCACGGCCACAACGGGCAGGGGAGGGACACUGCCCGCUGCCCAGCCCGCUGCCCAGCCCGCUGCCCAGCCUGGAGGCCCAGAGGUGCCCACCAGGAAUGGCACUGUCUCCAACUCCUUCAUCGCCCCCAGCCCUGUCUCCACCAGCAGCCCUAUUCACAGCAUGGAUGGGGCCUCCCUCCGCAGCUACCCGUCAGAAGGCAGCCCCCACGGCACGGUGACACCUCCCCAUGCCUCAGCUGAGCCCUUGUACCGGUCCCCUGUUGGCUCGCAGAUGCCCUCUGCUCACAGCAGCUACCAAAACUCGUCUCCAGCUUCCUUUGCAAUGGUCCAAGGAGGAGUCCCGGGCUCGACAUACAGCAGCCCAGACUACCCUGAUGGCCGAGCUGGCCUCCAGCCAGAACCCCAAGCUCCGCCACAGCCACCGGUCAAUGUGGUGGGGGUCCACACCCUGCCAGGGAGCCCUCGCAGCUUGCACCGGACAGUGGCUACAAAUACACCGCCCAGCCCUGGCUUCGGGCGAAGAGCCAUCAACCCCAGCAUGAGCGGUGCUCCCAGCAGCCCUGGGCUGGGCAGGCAUGCUGUGGUGGCCCAUGGCAACCUGGUGGCCCCGCCGGGGAGCCCCAGCCUGUCCAGGCACCAAGCAGCGGCAGCCACAUCCCCUGGCAGCCCCCUCUAUGGCUACUCCAGCCCAGAGGAAAGGCACCUGACACUGUCUCGGCAGAGCAGCUCCUCUGGCUACCAGCCUCCCUCCACGCCGUCCUUCCCUGUCUCCCCAGCGUACUACCCUGGCACGAGCACGCCACACUCCUCCUCCCCGGACUCGGCUGCCUACCGCCAGGGCAGCCCCACGUCGCAGCCUGCUCUGCCUGAGAAGCGGCGGAUGUCGGCUGGGGACCGCUCCAACAGCCUCCCCAACUAUGCCACUGUCAAUGGCAAGGUGUCCUCACCCCUCUCCAGCGGCAUGUCCAGCCCCAGCAGUGGGAGCGCCGUCGCCUUCUCCCACACUCUGCCGGACUUCUCCAAGUUCUCCAUGCCGGACAUCAGUCCCGAGACUCGUGCCAAUGUCAAGUUUGUGCAGGAUACUUCCAAGUACUGGUACAAACCAGACAUCUCCAGGGAGCAGGCCAUUGCCCUGCUGAAGGACAGGGAGCCGGGGGCUUUCAUCAUCCGAGACAGCCACUCCUUCCGGGGAGCCUAUGGCCUCGCCAUGAAAGUUGCUUCUCCGCCUCCCACGGUCGUGCAGCAGAACAAGAAAGGAGACUUGACCAAUGAGCUGGUGAGGCACUUCCUCAUCGAGACGAGCUCACGAGGUGUGAAACUAAAAGGAUGUCCCAACGAGCCUAACUUUGGCUGUCUCUCAGCGCUGGUGUACCAGCACUCCAUCACGCCCUUGGCCCUGCCCUGCAAGCUGGUCAUUCCUGACCGAGAUCCCAUGGAGGAAAAGAAAGACUCCGCGUCAGCCACCAAUUCAGCCACGGACCUCCUCAAACAGGGUGCAGCCUGCAACGUCCUCUUCAUCAAUUCAGUGGAGAUGGAGUCUCUGACAGGCCCCCAGGCCAUCUCGAAGGCUGUUGCUGAGACGCUGGUGGCUGACCCCACGCCCACAGCUACCAUUGUUCACUUCAAAGUCUCUGCACAAGGCAUCACCUUAACAGACAACCAGAGGAAAUUGUUCUUCCGAAGACACUACCCCCUCAAUACAGUCACCUUCUGUGACUUGGACCCCCAGGAACGAAAGUGGACUAAAACUGAUGGCAGUGGCCCAGCCAAGCUUUUCGGCUUUGUGGCCAGGAAGCAAGGGAGCACCACAGACAACAUCUGCCACCUCUUUGCUGAGCUGGACCCAGACCAGCCAGCUGCAGCCAUCGUCAACUUUGUCUCCAGGGUCAUGCUUGGCUCCGGCCAGAAGAGAUGAGCUGGCACGUGCGGGUGAUUCUUGAAUUUUGGAGAAGGACUUGGAGCUGAUCCGAGAAGGAGUGUGAGGAAGUGCAUUGUGGGAGAGGGAAGUGAAUUGGGGGGGAGGGGGGAAAGGGUUGGAAUUUUGGAGGAAAACAGCAAACAACAAAAAAACCACCAACAAAACCCCUAAAAACUCAACACAAGCCAAACACACACGCAGAGGAACAAAACCCACGCACCUACAAAAGAGAGCCACAAAGUCACGCCAGACAGGAUGCAUGUCCCAUUGCAGGGAAGGUGACCAAAGCAAAGGCAGCAGUGAGAGGUGUGUUUCCAGCUUUCAGCAUCAUGGCCUCAAGUAGUGAUACCCAUUUGGGACUGAAUGUGGGACCAUGACUGGUGUUUUCCAUCUGGAAAAAAAAGAGGCAACUGGCAAAACCCAUGGAAGAAGCUUCAUCCCAGCAGCUCCAUCUGCUGUGUGUUUGAACUGACCUGUAGGAGAUAAUGACAUGCGCUGGGUCUGUGGGACACCAGAAGAGAUGCUCUCAGAAACCUUCUCUUGUCCAGCUGCAGAGGAGGGUCCUUACUGGUCCCUGUGCUUCCCCUAAAACCUGCUUAUGACCUGUAACUUGCUGGGGGUGUGAGGAAAUUGGUCCUGAACCUUCCAAUCCCUGGGGAGAUCAGCCAUGGGCUGACCUUUGCUGACCCAGAGCCUAGCACCAGUCACAGGUGAGACCCUGUGAGUCCACCCAGAGAGGGGGGUCAUGCUGUUUCUCUACUUCCCCAGGGGUUCUUGUGCCCCCCAGCCUGUGAGGAGGUGUGGGGGUUCCUCCUGCCCUGCACCUGGGGAAGGUGGAUACUCCCCAGGAACCUGAAGGAUGCAGAAAGUCGCCUCCUCUCCCAUCUUCCCCUUUUCCCUCCUGUCACAAGUCCUCUUUGGCAGUUCUCUCCUGCGGCCUGUCACAUUCUCUUAACACAAAAAAACCAAAACAGAAUGGAAAGGAAUAGUUGUAAUAAUAAUAAUGAUUAUAAUAAUAGCUGAUGCUGGCAUAGGUGGGUUUCCUGUGCAAAGCAGCAGACCCGUGGCUACCCCUAUCUAGCUCUUUGGAGACACGCAAGCGGUUUUUAAAUUGCAUGGACAUUCAAGUUGCACGAAAGGCAAACGACUACAAGUAACUCAGGCGCUUUUUUCUCCUUUUGUUUUGGAGGCCAUGUUAAAAAAAUAAAGAAGGAAGAAAAUUAAAAAGAAAAAAGAAAAAAGGAAGGGACCUGCAGUGGCUGGGCAACUUUGGCUCAGUGGGGAGGUAACAGGUCCUCUGAGAGCCACCCUGGUUGAUGCAUGUGUACCCCCAAAACCAUCUGGUUCAAGGCUUGUGCCCCUGAAAUGCAGCAGAGUUUUGCAGUGAUUUCAGUGGUGUUGGCUUUUCCCUUUGCUUUGGUAGGUGAGGAGGGCAGGUUGGGUGGAGAGAGGGGCAGAGGGCCCCUGUGCCACUGCAGGGGGAGAGAUCAUGGUGGGGGUGCAGCAGGUGGAGGUCCCAGCCCUGUGGUGCUGGCGAGGGGGCAGAGGAUGCUUCGGUCACAUGUGCAGGUUUAGGGCUGGGGGAAUGGUCCAGCUGGAGCUGCGGGGUCAUUGCUGAGCCCUCUUCCCCCCAAGAGCUUUUUUGGGCAAAGUUUUCAGUGCAAAGUGGCCCAGAUAGUCUUUUGGGGACAAAAAUUAGAAACAUAGCACUGCUGUCCCCUGGAGAUCUUGUCUCCUGUGGACCACCCUUGCCUUGAUAGCUAUAAUAUAUAUACAAGCUAUACUGACAAAAUACUGUAAGCUAAUGAAAUUUUAAGGAGGAAAAAAAAAGGUUAGAUUUACACUCAAAAAAAUAUUUAUUUUUGCCAUAUUGCUUUCCGCGCAUCAUAUCUCCCCCACUAUAUUCCCCCCUUCCCCUGCCCUGGGGAAACACCUGCAUGUUAAACGAAAAUCCAGAGCAAGGCAGAAUAGAGAUGGGGGAAGAGGCGGGGGCCCGUGUGUCGGGGUGGCUGCGUGUGAGCGGUGCGUGCGUGCGGUGUGCGUGUGUGUGUGCGUGGGGUGUGACGGCGUGGGCGGCCGGACAGGCCUGCCGGGGCAGAGGCUCUACUGAUGUACUGAAGUGUGAAAGGAUGGGUAGCGAGGAGCUGGUUGUGAGGUGGUGGUGGGACAGGAGGUUCUGGGUGGGGCUUUCCCCCUCCCCGGCUUCCUGGCCGCACAGAUGCAGAGAUCUUUUAAUUUUUGAUAUUUCCAAAAAGUGAUUCCCUCCUUCUGCGAAAUUCAAGCGAGACAAGAGAUGAUCUCACCCGUAAUCUCCUCACCCUGCCAUUCACCCAUCAGAGAAAACACUGUGUUUAUAGAUAUAUAAAAAUAUAUUUUUGAAAGCCUCUAUUUUUCAGACUUGGUUUUCUCACUGCUAAGAAAAGAGAUGAUAAUAAUGUAAUUUUAUUUUAAUCUGCUGCCUUGGAAACUGGUGCUUGGAACUCCUAUUUCUCUUUUUCUCCCCAUACAAACAAAGCAGAUCUAAACACCCCAGAGAUGUUGCAUAGAAGCCGACCCCAGCAGAUACCUGCCAAUAGCAUCACGCCUGCUUCAGGCCCUGAGCCUCUCCCGGCUUCCCCACUAACACACUAGCUGAAAAUUUAGUCUGUAUCCAAAUCUCAAACACUAACAAAAUCAUCUGAUGAUUGUAUUAUUUUUUUAACACACAGCUAAUCACCUUCCAAUGAUGUAGCCGGGUGUUUUAUCAGCUUCCUUUAAAGGCACUUUUUUUCCCUUUAGCUCCUUCUUUAAAGAAGGUUUUAAGGUAUAACAACCCUUUCUGUCCCUGGGAGAGACCAUCAGCAGCAUUUAGGAUUGCCCAGGUCCUGGGGCUGUCGAGGACCUAGUGUUGAUAUUUUUUUCCUUAUGAAAGGGACAGAAAAUACUCUUUAUUUUUUUUUUUUUUUUUAUGUGCAGUCAUGCUAUUUGAGAUUCAAUCUCUCACGAGUUAAGCCCAGCAUAUGUUUUGUUGUAAUCACACUGCCGUUGUCAGCAGCCGGAUGGUAUCUCUCUCUCGCUCACACAGACACACACACACACACACACACAAACACAUCCCUCCUUCCUGCACAAAGAACUGCAUAUAUUCUUGCCAAAGAUACCCUUAAAAACGCACUUUUCCCCACAUAUAUAUAGAUAGAUAGAUAUAUAUUUUUUUUUUUUUUUGUGUGUGUGUGUAAAUUUAUUGUACGUGCCCUUUUUGUGUCAGUUUGUUCUUCGGAGAAGCCUGUCCUGCCUUUGCUGUCAAUAUUGCUGUCAAUUGGGAAAUGCUCCCUGGGGAAGUAAUUUGCUGUCUGUCCUGCUCAGUGGCACCUGCAAUGCACAAAAUAUGGGAUUCCCAUUCAAUGGGGCUGCCUCUGGCUCUGCCCCUGGGAGCUGUUUUGGGAGAUACCCAUGUCAUCAACUGCUGAUGGGAUGCAUAGUGUUCACCAGUCCCAUGUCACUGGUGAAGACAGCAGGGCUCAUGGUUUUGAGCAGAGUUUGGAGUUGCUCUGAGUGCAACAUUUGCUGUCUGCCUCCUGGUCAAAUUACACAUGGAAAACAAACCAGGUAGGGAGAAAAACCCAACCCAGCCUCUGGGCAUUGAUUUUUCAGUGAAUUCAACCGCCCGAACCAAAGUGCAAAGUAAAUCCCCACCCAGCAGGUCGGGCAGGUAAAGAAACCAGUUGCCCCAAAAACCCCAGACGACAGCAUCAACAAAAGGCAACCCUUCCCGUUGGAGCAGGCAGGAUGAUCAGACAGCAAAGGAGCCCGCAGGGGCUUGUUUCAUUUUGUUCGUUUGUUUUGCAAAUUUCGAGGUUGGUUUGGGGUUACUAAUUUUUUUUUUUUCUUUUCCUUAAAAAGGAAAAAAAAAAAAGAAAGAAAAAAGGAAGCAAUAUGACGUUUCUGUUGGCGGAUCCUGUGCCGCCGUGUUAUGCGUGGGGUUUUUUUUUUUGUUGUUGUUGUUGUUGUCUUUGUUACUUUGGGAAUGUUACAGAUUUAUUUGCUAAUCAGUGUUAACAAACAGUUUCAAACUUUUAGACUCGCCCAUUUCUGUGUAUUUAUAUAGAUGGAAAAAAAAAUACAUUAUAUUUUGUAUCUUUAUGCCCAUAAUGUUGUCGUGCGUGUAAGGAUGACUUCGGUCGCACCAUGUCCGUGUGUGAAUGUCACUCCGCUGUUGUCUUCCCAUUGUACAGAUGUUGGAUUCUUUGCAGUUCAUUGUAUGGCUUUAUAAAGUGGUAAAAACAACAAAAAAAGGAACCAGUUAUAUAAAAUAUACUGUUGCUUGGAA